GCUAAGUUUGGGAUAAGCUGCAGGCAGGACUCUAAAGUUAGGAGCUCUGACUUCUCACAAGAUGCUGGACUGGAGAUUGGCAAGUACACACUUCAUCCUGGCUAUGAUUGUGAUGCUGUGGGGCUCAGGAAAGGCAUUCUCUGUGGACUUAGCAUCACAGGAGUUUGGAACAGCAAGCUUGCAGUCUCCACCCACAGCCAGAGAAGAGAAGUCAGCCACUGAGCUUUCGGCUAAGCUCCUGCGUCUUGAUGAUCUGGUGUCCUUAGAGAAUGACGUAUUUGAGACCAAGAAAAAGAGAAGCUUCUCUGGCUUUGGGUCUCCCCUUGACAGACUCUCAGCUGGGUCUGUAGAGCAUAGAGGGAAACAAAGGAAAGCAGUAGAUCAUUCAAAAAAGCGGUUUGGUAUUCCCAUGGAUCGGAUUGGUAGAAACCGGCUCUCCAGUUCCAGAGGCUGAUGGAUUCUUAUUGUGCGACUUACUUGUGUGAGAUGGCACAGAACUAUAGAAGACACUUCAGUGAAGUUCACUACCCCUUUUGUCAAGGAAUUGGCCUUUCGCAAACCUUCCCAAAGCUUGAUCCUCCCCAGACCAUCACGUCAUAGUGUUGCUGUGGUUUUAGUUGAGUUGUGCAGAUCAUUUCAGUGCAUGGAUAUCUCUGAAAGUAUUUUUCAAUGAUUCCCAAAUUGUAACGUGGCCCCUGAACCUACUUUUUUUAAACAGCAGACCAAUAUAAUGCAUUCUCUUGCCAUUAAUAUUUUCACAUUUCAGUUAAUCAAUGUGCUUUCUAGAAACCUAGUGUUUGAAGAUCUGAUGAUCUAAAGAAAUCAGAAAUGAGCACAUGGUGAUUUAUAUAGGUUUCUUUAGUUUUUCUGAGGUUUGUCGAAUUGUUGUAAACUUCAACUUCAAGCUUAGAAAAAAGACAUUACAUGAGUGUUUGCUUCAACUGUGUCAGAAGGCAAAUAAAUUUUGAGAAACCUGAGCAAUUGUGUUCUUUAGGAACUAAUAAAGGAUAGUAUAAUUGGCCCAUAUGUAAUAUUCUGACAAACUCUGAAUGUAAAAGACUCAUUUGAAAAGAAGUUACUGCCUGGCUUGUUUACUUCUACCAGCCUAGGGGUGAAUUGUUCAAAUGUUUCCUAUGUUAGCAGCUUUUCUUCUUCUUUUUUUUUCUUUCUAUUUUACUUUUUUUCUUCAUUCAAUGUUUAUAAGCUAAAAAUCCAACCAAAUAGUGCUUUGUGCUUUAAAAGGGGGUAUUAAAAUCAACAUUAAUCUA